UCAUUCCUCUCCCAAGUUUCUCACUUUUUCCCACAUUCUCUCGUUUCCAACUGGGUCCCAAUCGUAUUCGAAUUUCGUUUCUGGGUUCUCCCAAUUCGAAGUUCUGCACUUUCCCUUUUUUGCAGUGGAAUUUCUCGUUCUUGGGGUUUCAAUUCCAUUGUCUCUCACUAAAGCUUUCAACUUGGAGAGAAAGUGCCAUACUUUUCGAUUCAAUUUGUUAUUUGACAACUGGGUCUGUGAUCUUCCUGUGUGGUUAAGCAAGGUUACGAAAAACUGUCCGAUCGUGAUUUUGGCUACAACUUAAAAGGUUCUUGGAGUUGCUAUAACUGGUUGAAUCUAUCGCCUUUGUUCAUAAUUUCUCGUAGUACUAAGGAUCGUGACGAAACUAUAAUUGCUGUUGAAAACCUUGAGUGUGAGAAUGCGUACGACGGCAGAGUUUCAAGGUUCUGUUCUGAAUCUUCGUGGGGUUCAGGUUCACUCCAUGGAGGGUUCAAGCAUGGAACAAGAGCUUGAUUUGUUUCAGAAGCAUGUGACUGAGCGGUUCCUAGAGCUAUCUUCGGUUGAAAGCCGGGAAUUGCUCUCUCUUUCAUGGGUUAGGAAGCUACUGGAUUCGUUGCUGUCUUGCCAAGACGAGUUCAGGGUGAUUCUCCACAACCACAGGGAUCAGGUGUCGAAGCACCCCUCCCUGGAUCGCAUGGUGGGUGAGUUUUUUGAAAGGAGUGUGAAGGCCCUUGAUGUUUGCAACGCAAUCCGUGAUGGGGUUGAGCAGAUUAGGCAGUGGCAGAAGCUGUUGGAGAUUGUUAUCUGUGCAUUGGAUCAGAAGAGGAGCAUUGGUGAGGGCCAAUUUCGCCGCGCAAAGAAGGCUCUUGUUGACUUGGCCAUUGGAAUGCUUGAUGAUAAGGAAUCCAACUCCAGUGGUUCUAUUGCUCAUAGGAACAGGUCCUUUGGUAGAAACAACAACGGUUCAAGGGAUCAUCACCAUGGCAAUAAUCAGCACAAUUCCUUUGGGCAUUUUAGGUCACUUUCUUGGAGUGUGUCAAGGAAUUGGUCUGCUGCUAGGCAGCUCCAAGCCAUUGGGAACAACUUGUCCCCUCCUAAGGCUAAUGAUAUUGUUGCCACCAAUGGCCUUGCGUUGCCUAUUUACACAAUGAGUUGUAUUCUGGUGUUUGUUAUGUGGGCACUUGUGGCUGCAAUUCCCUGCCAGGACCGCGGGCUGGGGCUCCAUUUCUCUGUUCCGAGGCAGUUCCUGUGGGCGGCUCCGGUGGUGGCGCUGCACGAGCGGAUCGUGGAGGAGUCAAAGAAGAGGGAGAGGAAGAACACAUGUGGGUUGCUGAAGGAGAUUCACCAGAUUGAGAAGUGUGCUAGAGUGAUCAAUGAGUUGGCUGAUUCUCUGCAGUUUCCUUUGAGUGAGAAGAAGGGAGAAGAGGUUAGGCAGCGAGUGCAAGAUGUUUCAAGGGUUUGUGAAGCCUUGAAAGAUGGAUUGGACCCUAUGGAACGACAAGUGAGGGAGGUGUUUCACAGAAUUGUGCGCAGCAGAACUGAAGGGCUUGACACCCAUGGCAGAGGGUAAAAAGUAAAAAAAAAAAAACACUGUUUGUUUGUUGAUGCUUAACUCAACAUUGCAAUUUGAGAUCAUAGCCUGAUUUUGCUUAGAUGAGUGAAGUUUGUGAAUGACUAAAAGAUGACUAGGAGGAUAACCAAUGAGUGGUAAGAGGAUAUGGUGAUUUGAAUCGAUGAUCAUUGUAAUAGUAGUAAGGUAUGUAAAGGGAGGAUUCUUGUAUCUAUAAACCACAAAAAAAUGUAUAGAAUUUAGGAUAUUUUAAGUAGACCUUUGAGGUCUAUGCUUUUUACUCUUUUCUCCAUUUGUGCUCUGAUGUGGCUUAUUGUAUAAUCAGUUUUCUCAGUGUUUUGCUGCAUCCUCAUUAUAGCUGAUUCUGAUCGUAUGUGUAAUUCAAUACAUUUUCCUUA